AUGAUCAGAGCAAAUCGGUGCAAUCACGAGAGACUUCAUCACAACCUUGCGCCGGGAGCAGCUUGUGACGCUAUCUCCAAGGCAGAGGCAGACGAUAUCGUGACGCCCAGACGAGCACCAAGAGGACGAACAACGACACCAGCUGCAAGCAGAAAGCCAGCUCUAUCGCACCAGCUCCCACUUACACCUCCUUCUACAGCUGCUCAGGCUGCUACUGGGUCCCCAGAAUCGACAGAAUCUGAUCCACUGGGCACUCCGACUCCUGCACCACUCGUCUCACACUUCGGUCUUCCUGCGCUGAGCGGCUUCACGCCACAGGGCACCCAAGAGAGCGCUGUCGAGCAGCAGUCAGACGAGGACUCUGGCAUCGGCGAGAACAUCAUCGUGGCGUCCAGACGUUCAGCCCAAGCAUCAGGUGGAGUGCCUGCCAGAACCAUUGUUGAAAGGACUCCUCAGUCAGAAAUCAGCGUGGGAAACAACAUCAACUUACCUGCUCGUCAACCCAUCGUCCUCGAGAGGGAGUCCUCUUCAGCGAGCACACAAGUUGUCCCGGAAACAGUUUUUGACCGGACGCCUUCACUUGGUGAAGCAGGCCCAUCCGGCUACCACGAUCCAUCGUACCGUCGACAUUCCUCGGCUGAUCCAGAGCCAAACCUGGACAACAUCGCUCAGCACAUGACGAACCUCGAAAUCCAGCACCUCCGCCGCUCUCGAGCACAGUACGCACACGAGCUAGAGGAGAGCACAGGCCUUGUCAAUCGACUUCAGACUAGACGACAGAUCCAUGAGGCCGAUGCGGUCAUCAAUCAUUCUAUGCUCGAGCAGCUAAACAGGGAGAGGCGCGAUGCGUGGGACCAGGCGAGCGAGGCGGAGUACCAGAGGAGAAGAACUAGAAAACGGCUCGGUGUCGUCUUGGCGAUGCUCGUGAUAAUGGUGUCGAUGUAUGGAUGUUGGUGUGUGUACAUGUCGGCGGAGUUCGAGUACAUCAACAAGCGGCGGAUCGAGGUGUUGCGAGAGUGA